AUGCCAAAUCCCAUGUAAAUGAAUCAAACCACCAAACAUACGCAAUACCCAUGAGGGCGGACAGAAGCACCAACGUAAGAAAACCGUGCAUCUCGAGCAAUAUCGCAGUGAAAACAGAGCUCCAGCUAACACUCUCCACCGGUAAUGAACAGCAAUAACCUCCACUCUCAAAGGUGGUAUUAUAUUGCCUGUCAAAAACGGCAGCGCCCAAACCUUAUUUGGGCCUGCGCCAGCUGUGUGGGUCGUCUUUUUGUACCAGGAAGCAGAAGCAGCAGAAGCAGCAGAAAUAGCAGAAGUAGAAGAAGUACACUGGUUUUGUGCGGCUGUUCCACAAAAGCAAAGAAGCCAUCGGUCCAUGAAAAGCCAUAUAUAAAAGGUCUUUUCAACGAUUGAGAGUUCUUCCUUUUUUUCCUUUAUCUCAUCACCUUGGAUUUUUAUUUCUGCUGCUAAUCUGAAAAUAUCUUGCUUUCUAUAUUCUUCAAAC